AUGAAUACUUUUAGCACUGGAUUCAUCACAAUGUUCCCACAAAAAGGGCCCGAAGUAGAUCUAAGAACACUUAGGGCUAUACGUGUGCUACGGCCCUUAAAAUUAGUCUCUGGAAUUCCUAGUUUACAAGUAGUUUUAAAAUCUAUUAUCAAGGCAAUGGCACCGUUGCUUCAAAUCGGACUUUUGGUCUUGUUUGCCAUCGUUAUAUUUGCAAUCAUUGGACUCGAGUUCUAUUCGGGCGCACUGCAUAAGACUUGUUAUAGUUUAGAAGAUCCAAAUAAACCUGUUAAGGAAGGCGAAUCGGAGACGCCUUGUAAUACGGAUAAUAUACAUGAUAAAGCAGGUGGUUCAUAUGUAUGUAAUUAUAAUACGAGUAUGUGUCUGGAAAAGUGGGAUGGACCAAAUUCUGGCAUAACUAGUUUUGACAAUAUCGGGUUUGCCAUGUUGACUGUAUUCCAAUGUAUCACAAUGGAAGGCUGGACAGCAAUACUGUAUUGGGUAAAUUGAAUGUAACAAAACUAAGAGAAUUAUUGGUAUUUGCUUCUAAAAGUAAUUAAAAUGAAAACACCAAAA